AUUGAAAUCAAAGCAGGCAUAAGUUGCACCGACAAAUACAAUUAAAGCUAAACUUUUUAUUUAGUUGCUUCAAUUGGAAUUGCCCAAAAUGUUAUCGAAUUGUGCCGCAAAGACUUUGGCCACCGUUCGGGGCAGCUUGCGUGCCAUUGCCACCAGCAGUGCACAGCGCAGCGACAAUCUAUUUGUGCAUCGCGAUACACCCGAAGAUAAUCCCAACAUACCCUUCGAGUUUACGGCGGAGAACAAAAAGCGUGUCGAUGCCAUACUGAGCAUCUAUCCCGAGGGCCACAAACGUGGCGCAAUGAUACCACUGCUAGAUCUGGCACAGCGUCAGUAUGGCUGGCUGCCCAUCUCUGCAAUGCAUAAGGUUGCCGAAAUUCUGGAAUUACCCAACAUGCGCGUCUAUGAGGUGGCCACCUUCUACACAAUGUUCAUGCGCAAGCCAACGGGCAAGUAUCACAUACAGGUGUGCACAACAACACCUUGCUGGCUACGCGGCUCUGACGCAGUGCUGGAGACCUGCAAGAAGCAACUGGGCAUCGGUGUAGGCGAGACCACUAAGGACAAAAAGUUUACCAUCUCCGAGGUGGAAUGCUUGGGUGCCUGUGUUAAUGCGCCCAUGGUGGCUAUCAAUGAUGAUUACUAUGAGGAUCUGACCAGCAAAGAUAUGCAAGAGAUUUUGGCUGAUUUAAAGGCUGAUAAGAUCUCGCCACCAGGCCCACGCAAUGGACGCUUUGCCAGCGAACCUAAAGGCCAGCCUACAUCAUUGACCGAGGAGCCCAAGAAACCUGGCUUUGGGUUGCAAGCGGGCCUCUAAAUUAGUUUAACUUACCCUGUAUAUUAAAAGAAAAUUUACAGAAUUUUGAAGCAUGCAAUAAAACGCGAGCAUAGCAGAGAA